GUCAACUAUUUUAAAACUUUCAUGAUAGAACAUCGUUUCCCAAAAGAAUGAUUGAUCGACUAACAAAAUAUGUUUUCCUUUUCAAGUCGUUUUUUUAUAUUAUAGUAAUUAUCUUAUUAUUAACAUGGAGUUAUUAUUAUUAUUAUUAUUUUAUUGGUACUGUUGUUAAUGAGAAUCAUUCAAGAUCUUCAACGGUUGCUGGUAACUUCAUGGAUGACAAGGUACACAUUGCAAUUUUAAUUGAUGGUGAACGGGGUCUUUUUUACAUGGACAGUCUUCUCAAAUCACUUUUUUAUUAUCAAAAAAGAUUUCAUUUUGACUUAAAAAAUUGUUGUAUCUAUGAUCUCUGUGAUAAAUUCAAUGAUAAUUCCUCAUAUUAUGAUGAUAGAAUGUUACAUAUUUAUCCAAUCGUGUUUCAUAUUUUAACAAAUAGUAAAUUCACCAGUAAUUUAACACAUUUUCUAAAUAUGUGGAAAUUGCCCAAUGUGGAGUAUUAUUCUUAUGAAUGCAACAGGUAUUUGGACAGACUUCAAUGGAUCGUAUCUAAACAUCCUGCAGGUGCGAAGCCAUUUGUGAAACUAUUACUUCCUGAGAUUCUCCCACCUUAUGUACAUAAAGUCAUUGUACUUGAUCUCGAUAUGAUUCUUAACACUAACAUUGUUGAACUAUGGAAUCACUUCGAGAGAUUUCAAGAAACCCAGAUGAUAGGCAUUGGAUUGGAACAAAACCCGUAUUUUCACAAAGUUAUGAAAAGUUUAAUUAGUGAUUGGAAAGGUUAUGGAUAUAAUGGUGGGAUUUUAUUAUUCGACUUGUCAAAAUUACGUUUGAUGAUGUGGAAUGAUAUAUGGUUGAGCAUAACUGCACACUUGAUGCAAAGUAAAGGAUACCUAAUCACAGGAGAGCAAGAUGUAAUGAAUAUGAUCAUAUUCAAAUACAAGCAUCUUCUGUAUGAAAUUCCUUGUGAAUGGAAUGUUCAAUUAAGUGAUGGUUCAGAUCCUGAAAGAUGUCCGGUUAGUUGGUUAAGUCAUGCGGAAUUAAGAAAACGUAAUUAUUCUACAAUUAAUAAACAACCAAAAAUUAUCCAUGUCAAUCAUCACAUAAAACCGGAAGAUAAAUAUUUUCCAAAACCUGUAUCUACCAAUAACAUUGACCAAUCUGAUGUUUUACUUAAACGACAUGAAAUAUACUACAAACUCAGUACAGUAUAUUUCAAAUUUCGUGCAAUCGAACGUGAGUGUUUUCAAUAACUUCAAUGUUUACCUAGCUCUCAGCACUUCGAUUAGCAGAUCUAUUCAUGAUCCCUGAUUUGAAUCAACAGAUCUGAGAAUCGAAUAAUGGAUGUAAAUAAACACGUAAACUGUAAAUAGUUGGAUUUACUGAAAUAAGCGAUUUAUUAUAAAUUGUCUUUUUACUUUCACAUGUUUCUUCUGACAUUUCAUAUGAAACAUCCCUUUGCUGUUGCUUCGUAAUGAAGGGAACGAGAAAAU